AUGGCUCGGCAGCUGAGAGCGCUCACUGGGUGGGCCUUGCUCUUCCACUUUGCCCUGGCUCUCGCAGUGAACGGCCUUGACUUCCAGCAUGCCUUUGAUCCCACACAGAUGCCAUCUGCAAUCUACAAAUGCACCAGCGAGGGGAAGCCGUGGAAACAGAUUCGCUUUGUGGUGGAACUCGUGUGGCCUCUGUCUUUGUUUCUGGUGUUAAUCUGGCUGAGGAAUGCCAACCCCCUCUACAGCCACCAUCCAUGCCAUUUUCCCAACAAGGCGAUGCCUUCGGCAGGAAUGUUACCAUGGCUCCAGGGGAUUUUCUGCAACAUGAAUAACCCUUGUUUUCAGAACCCCACCCCGGGAGAAACUCCUGGAAUUGUGUCAAACUAUGACAACUCCAUCUUGGCAAGAGUGUAUCGAGAUUUCCAGGAGCUCUUCGUGGACACACCAGAGGUCCAGCAGCUUGGCCAGGUUUGGGCUGAGCUCCGCACCUUGUCCCAGCUCAUGGACACUCUACGGACUCACCCUGAGAGAUUCGCAGGAAGAGGAUUACAAAUCCGAGACAUCCUAAAAGAUGAGGAUACACUGACACUAUUUCUCACAAGAAACAUUGGCCUGUCUGACUCUGUUGCCCAUCUUUUGAUCAGCUCCCAAGUUCGUGUGGAACAGUUUGCCUAUGGAGUCCCAGACUUGGAACUGAAGAACAUUGCCUGCAGUGAGGCCCUCUUGCAGCGUUUCAUCAUCUUCAGCCAGCGUUGGGGGGCACAGACCGUGCGGGAUGCCCUGUGCCCCCUCUCCCAGAUGACUCUGCAGUGGAUGGAAGACACUCUGUAUGCCAACGUGGACUUCUUCAAACUCUUCCGUGUGCUUCCCACACUCCUAGACAGUAGUUCUCAAGGUAUCAACUUGCGACUUUGGGCAGGAGUAUUAUCUGAUGUGUCACCAAGAUUGCAGAAGUUUAUUCACCGGCCAAGUGUUCAAGACUUGCUAUGGGUAACCAGACCUGUCCUACAGAACAGUGGUCCUGAGACCUUCACCCAGCUGAUGAGCAUCCUGUCUGACCUCCUGUGUGGCUACCCAGAAGGAGGAGGCUCUCGCGUGUUCUCCUUUAACUGGUAUGAAGACAAUAACUAUAAAGCCUUCCUGGGAAUUGAUUCCACAAGGAAAGACCCCACCUAUUCUUACGACAAAAGAACAACAUCCUUUUGUAAUGCCUUGAUCCGGAGCCUGGAGUCAAACCCUUUAACCAAAAUAGCCUGGAGGGCGGCAAAGCCACUGCUGAUGGGGAAAAUCCUCUUUACUCCAGAUUCCCCUGCUGUGCGAAGGCUCCUGAAGAAUGCCAACUCAACCUUUGAAGAACUGGACCGAGUUAAGAAGCUGGUCAAAGCCUGGGAAGAAGUGGGGCCCCAGAUCUGGUACUUCUUUGAUAAGAGCACGCAAAUGACCAUGAUCAGAGAUACCCUGGAACACCCAGCAGUGAAAGACUUUAUAAAUCAGCAGUUUGGAGAAGAAGGUAUUACCACUGAAGCCAUAUUAAACUUCUUCCCUACUGGUGCCAGAGAGACCCAAGCUGAGGACAUGCCCGACUUUGACUGGAGGGAUGUAUUUAACGUCACAGAUCGAGUCUUACACCUGGCUAACCAAUACCUGGAGUGCCUGGUUCUGGAUAAAUUUGAAAGCUAUGAUGAUGAAGUUCAGCUCAUCCAGCGAGCCCUGUCUCUCCUGGAGGAAAACAGGUUCUGGGCUGGAGUGGUAUUCCCUGACAUGUACCCCUGGACCAGCUCCCUGCCUCCCCAUGUGAAGUACAAGAUUCGGAUGGACAUAGAUGUGGUGGAGAAGACCAAUAAGAUCAAAGACAGGUACUGGGAUUCUGGUCCUAGGGCAGAUCCUGUCGAAGACCUGCGGUACAUCUGGGGAGGCUUUGCCUACCUACAGGACAUGGUUGAACAAGGAAUCACCAGGAGCCAGACCCAGGCAGACGUUCCAAUUGGAGUCUAUCUCCAGCAGAUGCCUUAUCCCUGCUUCGUGGAUGACUCCUUUAUGAUCAUCCUGAACCGCUGUUUCCCCAUCUUCAUGGUACUGGCGUGGAUCUACUCUGUCUCCAUGACUGUCAAGGGCAUUGUCUUGGAGAAGGAGCUGAGGCUGAAGGAGACCUUGAAGAACCAGGGUGUCUCUAAUGCUGUGAUUUGGUGUGCCUGGUUCCUGGACAGCUUCUCCAUCAUGUCAAUGAGCAUCUUCCUCCUGACGCUCUUCAUCAUGCAUGGGAGAAUCCUCCAUUACAGCGAUCCCUUCAUCCUCUUCCUGUUUCUGCUGGCCUUCUCCACGGCAACCAUCAUGCAAUGCUUCCUCUUUAGUACUUUCUUCUCCAAGGCCAGCCUCGCAGCCGCUUGCAGUGGGGUCAUCUACUUCACCCUCUACCUACCGCAUGUUCUGUGCUUUGCCUGGCAGGACCGGAUGACAGCUGCCCUGAAGACAAUUGUGAGCCUGCUUUCCCCUGUGGCGUUUGGCUUUGGCACAGAGUACCUGGUCCGCUUUGAAGAGCAAGGCCUGGGGCUGCAGUGGGACAACAUUGGCAAGAGUCCCGUGGAAGGGGACGAGUUCAGCUUCCUGCUGGCCAUGAAGAUGAUGCUUCUUGAUGCGGCUCUCUACGGCUUGCUCGCCUGGUAUCUCGACCAGGUUUUUCCAGGAGACUAUGGAACACCACUCCCCUGGUACUUCCUUCUACAAGAGUCUUACUGGCUUGGAGGUGAAGGUUGUUCAACCAGAGAAGAAAGGGCCCUGGAAAAGACUGAACCUUUAACAGAGGAAAUGGAGGAUCCGGAGCACCCAGAAGGACUGAGUGACUCCUUCUUCGAACGCGAGCUUCCAGGGUUGGUGCCGGGAGUGUGCGUGAAGAGCCUGGUAAAGGUUUUCGAGCCCAGUAGUCGGCCCGCUGUGGACCGCCUUACCAUCACUUUCUAUGAGAGCCAGAUCACGGCAUUCCUCGGUCACAACGGAGCAGGGAAAACCACCACCUUGUCCAUCUUGACAGGUCUGUUGCCACCAACAUCGGGGACCGUGCUCAUUGGGGGGAAAGACAUUGAAACCAGCCUUGAUUCAGUACGCCAGAGCCUGGGCAUGUGUCCCCAGCAUAACAUCCUAUUCCACCAUCUCACAGUGGCUGAGCAUAUCCUGUUCUAUGCCCAGCUGAAAGGGAAGUCCUGGGAGGAGGCCCAGCUGGAGAUGGAAGCCAUGUUAGAAGACACUGGCCUUCACCACAAGAGAAAUGAGGAGGCGCAGGACCUUUCAGGUGGUAUGCAGAGGAAACUGUCUGUGGCCAUUGCUUUUGUGGGAGAUUCCAAGGUGGUGGUCCUGGACGAACCCACCUCUGGGGUGGACCCCUACUCCAGGCGCUCCAUCUGGGACCUGCUCCUGAAAUAUCGAUCCGGCAGAACCAUCAUCAUGUCUACUCACCACAUGGAUGAGGCUGACCUCCUUGGCGACCGUAUCGCCAUCCUCUCCCAGGGAAGGCUCUACUGCUGUGGGACACCACUCUUCCUCAAGAACUGCUUUGGCACAGGCUUCUACUUGACCUUGGUUCGCAAGAUGAAAAGCAUCCAGAACCAAAGAGGUGGCUGUGAGGGGGCCUGCAGCUGUACGUCAAAGGCUUUCCCCACCAGGUGUCCAGCCCGAGUGGAUGAGAUAACCGAAGAACAAGUGUUGGAUGUUCUGGCUGUUCAAAGCUAUCAUGCUACCAUGCUUCCCGCCUCCGGCGCCAUCCUCAUCCUCUCCAGGGCUUCUCAACCUUCUGCGGCCACUGGGGAUGUGAAGGAGCUGACGGAUUUGGUGUACCACCAUGUUCCGGAGGCAAAGCUGGUGGAAUGCAUCGGUCAAGAACUUAUCUUCCUCCUUCCAAACAAGGAUUUCAAGCAGAGAGCGUAUGCCAGCCUCUUCCGAGAGCUGGAGGAGACGCUGUCUGACCUGGGGCUCAGCAGCUUUGGAAUUUCUGACACUCCCCUGGAAGAGAUUUUUCUGAAGGUCACGGAGGACUCCGAUUCCAGCUCUAUGUUUGCAGGUAGCACGCAGCAAAAAAGAGAACAUGUUGAUCUCCGGCACCCUCGUUCUGCUCCCACUGAGAAAGUCAGGCAACCUGCCCAGGGCUCUCACACCUGCUCCUCAGGACAAGUGGAUCCUUCCAAGGGCCAGUCUUCCCCAAGACCAGAAGAACUGGGCGCCCCAUUCUACACAGGCGCUCGGCUGAUUCUUCAACACGUGCAGGCGCUGCUAAUCAAGAGAUUCCACCACGCUGUCCGCAGCCACAAGGACUUUCUGGCUCAGAUUGUUCUUCCUGCCACUUUCGUGCUUUUGGCUCUGAUGCUUUCUGUCGUUGUGCCUCCGUUUGGUGACUUUCCAGCUUUGACCCUUCAGCCCUGGAUGUACGGGCAUCAAUACACCUUCUUCAGCAUGGAUGAGCCCAGCAAUGAACACCUCACAGUGCUGGCAGACGUCCUCCUGAACAAGCCGGGCUUUGGCAACCGUUGUCUAAAGAAAGAGUGGCUUCUGGAGUACCCCUGUGGCAAUUCAACCUCCUGGAAGACCCCGUCCGUGUCCCCAAACAUCACUCACCUGUUCCAGAAGCAGAAAUGGACGGCGGCCCAUCCCUCCCCGUCCUGCACGUGCAGCACCCGAGAGAAGCUCACCAUGCUCCCCGAGUGUCCUGAGGGCGCUGGAGGGCUCCCACCCCCGCAGAGGACACAGCGCAGCAUGGAAGUCCUACAAGACCUCACGGGCAGGAACAUCUCCGACUACUUGGUGAAAACGUAUCCUGCUCUCAUAAGAAGCAGCUUAAAGAGCAAAUUCUGGGUCAAUGAACAGAGGUAUGGCGGCAUCUCCAUCGGAGGGAAGCUCCCUGCCAUCCCCGUCACAGGGGAAGCACUUGUUGGUUUUUUAAGUGACCUUGGCCAGAUGAUGAAUGUGAGCGGGGGUCCUGCCACCAGGGAGGCCUCUAAAGAAAUGUUAGAUUUCCUCAAACAUCUUGAAACCAAAGACAACAUUAAGGUAUGGUUUAACAACAAGGGCUGGCAUGCCCUGGUCAGCUUUCUGAACGUGGCCCACAACGCCAUCUUACGGGCCAGCCUGCCCAAGGACAAGGAUCCUGAGGAAUACGGAAUCACGGUCAUCAGCCAGCCCUUGAACCUGACCAAGGAGCAGCUCUCAGAGAUCACAGUGCUGACCACUUCCGUGGAUGUCGUCAUUGCCAUAUGUGUGAUUUUCGCCAUGUCCUUCGUUCCAGCCAGCUUUGUCCUUUACUUGAUCCAGGAGAGGGUGACGAAAGCCAAGCACCUGCAGUUUGUCAGUGGCAUGAGCCCCACCACCUACUGGCUGACCAACUUCCUCUGGGACAUUAUGAACUAUGCUGUGAGUGCGGGACUAGUGGUGGGCAUCUUUGCUGGGUUUCAGAAGAAAGCCUACACAUCCCCAGAUCACCUUCCUGCUCUCGUGGCUCUGCUCAUGCUGUAUGGAUGGGCAGUUGUCCCCAUGAUGUACCCAGCAUCCUUCCUGUUUGACGUCCCCAGCACAGCCUAUGUGGCUUUGUCUUGUGCGAACCUGUUCAUCGGCAUCAACAGCACUGCCAUCACCUUCAUCCUGGAACUAUUUGAGAAUAACCAGCCGCUGCUCAGGCUCAACGCCAUGUUGAAGAAGCUGCUUGUCGUCUUUCCACACUUCUGCCUGGGCAGAGGCCUCGUCGACCUGGCACUGAGCCAAGCUGUGGCAGACGUCUAUGCCCAAUUUGGGGAGGAAUACUCCUCCAACCCCUUCCAGUGGGACCUGAUUGGGAAGAAUCUGGUUGCUAUGGCAACAGAAGGGGUGGUCUACUUCCUUCUGAUACUCCUCAUUCAGUACCACUUUUUCUUCACCCGGUGGGUCGCUGAGCCGGCUAGAGAGCCCAUUUUUGAUGAAGAUGACGAUGUGGCUGAAGAAAGACAAAGAAUCACUAGUGGGGGAAAUAAAACCGACAUCUUAUGGCUAAAUGAACUAACCAAGGUUUAUUCGGGCUCUUCCAGUCCAGCAGUAGACAGGCUGUGUGUCGGAGUCCGUCCUGGAGAGUGCUUUGGUCUCCUGGGAGUGAACGGUGCAGGCAAAACAACCACAUUCAAGAUGCUCACUGGGGACACCACAGUGACAUCGGGCGAUGCUACCAUAGCAGGCAAGAGCAUCUUAAACAGUAUGUCUGACGUCCAUCAAAACAUGGGCUACUGUCCUCAGUUUGAUGCAAUUGAUGACCUACUCACGGGCCGAGAACAUCUUUACCUCUAUGCCAGGCUGCGGGGCGUGCCAGCAGAGGACAUUGAGAAGGUUGCCAACUGGGGUAUCCAGAGCCUGGGUUUGUCUCUCUACGCCGACCGCCUGGUAGGCACCUACAGCGGAGGCAAUAAGCGGAAACUCUCCACGGCCAUAGCACUCAUCGGCUGCCCACCCCUGCUGCUGCUGGAUGAGCCCACGACAGGGAUGGAUCCGCAGGCACGCCGCAUGCUGUGGAACACCAUCGUCAGCAUAAUCAGAGACGGGAGAGCUGUGGUCCUCACCUCCCACAGCAUGGAAGAAUGUGAAGCCCUGUGCACAAGGCUGGCCAUCAUGGUGAAGGGCACCUUUCAGUGUCUGGGCACCAUUCAACACCUCAAGUACAAGUUUGGAGACGGCUACAUUGUCACAAUGAAAAUUAAAUCCCCGAAGGACGACUUGCUUCCCGAUUUGAAUCCUGUGGAGCAGUUCUUCCAGGGCAACUUCCCAGGCAGCGUGCAGAGGGAGAGACACCACAGCAUGCUCCAGUUCCAGGUCUCCUCCUCCUCCCUGGCCAGGAUCUUCCAGCUGCUCCUGUCGCACAAGGACAGCCUCCUCAUCGAGGAGUACUCCGUCACUCAGACCACGCUGGACCAGGUAUUUGUGAACUUUGCUAAACAGCAGACUGAGACCUAUGACCUCCCUCUGCACCCUCGAGCUGCUGGAGCCAGCUGGCAAGCCAAGCUUGAGGGGAAAACUGGGCAGCCGGAAACUCAGGAGCCUUUGCCCACGGAAACAACUGGUUAACGAAAACAGCCCUGUGGCAGCAGAAGGCAAACACACGAGGCGCCCACAGUGAACUCAAGGAGGCUCUUCCAGAAGGAACCCCAAACUCACCGACUCACCGGAAUCCUUGCUGGCAAAGCUGACCUCCCUGAAGACAGUUGCCUUUCCAUCCAAUCCAUCAGAGCAGUCCCCUGCUCAGUGACUUUGUUUAGGGCCACUUUCACUCUGAGGGGCUCUGCUUUUGUGGGGUGGGAGGAGGGUGGGUGUGUGG